AUGAUUGCCAUCAGGAGACAGUGGGCAAGCUUAUUUGUACAAGAUAGCAGUUAUGAUUUAGCGGGAGGGGAAAUUAUGAGAGUAGAUUUCCGUGCAAAUAGUUACGAUAUUUCAGUGAUCAAUGUCUACCUUCCCAAUGGCCAGUUCAGCGUGAAAGAGUGGGAUAAAGUUCUGGCUUCGUUGCCCGGCAAGUUUAUUAUCUUAGGAGACUUCAACUGUCACAACCCGGCUUGGGGGUCAAGCAGGAUGUCAGCAGGGGGUUUUGAGCUCGAUAAAGCUAUCAGGAGCCUCAAAGACUCUGCUCCGGGACAAGAUGACCUUACAAGAUAUGCUAUUACAGUUUUAGCUGAUGAUUGCAAGUAUGCACUCCUCGAGGCCUACAACAAGUCUUGGAAUUUGGGUCUUAUCCCUAAGAAUUGGAAAGAAGCUAUUGUUAUUCCGUUUUUGAAACCUGGGGGUGACAGUGCGCUGGUUUCAAGCUACAGACCUAUUUCUCUAACGCAAAUUCUUGCCAAAGUUAUGGAAAGGAUGAUUCUCAAUAGAUUACUUCCGAGGAUCCAGCAAAGUAAAAGACUCUCUAUAAUGCACUACGGCUUUAUUCCAAAUAGAAGUUGCCUGGUCUUGCUUAACAAAUUGUUCAGUAGUAUCCUGCACCACAGGAAGCAAAGGAAAGUUGUUCAACUGGUGGCUCUCGAUCUCAAAGCUGCAUUUGAUUCAGUUUGGCAUGAUGGCCUGCUCUAUAAAAUCAUGCAAUUCGGAGUUAAAGGGAAUAGUAUCCUGUGGAUUGCCAAUUUCUUAAACCAGAGAACUAUUAGAGUAAAGUGGAGAGGGGUUCUUUCAAGAAGCUAUGAUACUAUCAGCGGUGUUCCUCAGGGCUGCAUUUUGUCUCCCAUUUUUUUCACAAUUUUCAUGCACGAUAUCUAUGAAAUUAUCCCGGCUAAUGUUGACUGCUACGUGUAUGCGGACGACAUAUUCCUCUACAGUGCAGAUGUCUCACCCUCCAAGGUAGUCAGUAAUUUGCAGCGUGCGCUGUUUAAAGUGCAUAGAUGGGCUAAAGAGUGGAACUUGUGCAUUUCUCCAGAGAAAAGUAAAUCGAUUAUUUUCGGCGGGACAAGGAGUAGUGAAGAGAAUCUUUUGAAGCUUGAUGGUGUUAGCAUCCCUACGGAAGAUCAUAUUAAAAUUCUGGGCAUGUGGUUUGACAGUAAAUUGAGCUGGAACGUCCAUGUUAAUAAAAUAGUACCGAAACUGGAAAGAAUGCUGAAUGCUUUCAAAUUUAUCGCGAGCCCCAGGUGGGGUGCUAGAAAAGUGGAUCUCGUCAAUGUUGCAAAUGCUACAAUAAGAGGAAGAAUAGAAUACGGCAGCUGUCUCCUUUUGUCUACCUCUCAACAAAAUAAGAAAAAGCUCGAAAUAGUUUAUAAUCACGCUUUAAGACUUGCUAUAGGGGCGCCUAUCAGCACUCCUCUCCCGCUGUUAUAUGUUGAAGCAGGGGUCUGCAAGUACAAGUGGAGCAAAUUACGUAAGCCCAUUAGCCAGUGCGUUAAAGAUAAGCUUAGCAAUCUCGAUCUAGAUCUCAAUAAUUGUAUUACCUUUAACAAUGAACUAGAUUUUUCUGAAGAAGUUAAGUGCUGUUUCAAAACAAAUGAGUAUGAGUUCCAGAAUAAAAAUCUUUCGGAUGUGGAGAUACAGCAAUUUUUCCGUUCCACUAUUAAUGAUUACGUGAAUCAAGGGUUUAAAAUCUAUGCUACAGACGCUUCCAAGUCCGAUACAGGGGUUGGCAUUGCGGCUGUAGAUCGUACCUCAGCAAUUGUCAGUCAGCGCAUUGACAAUAGAAACUCCAUCUUUUCAGCUGAGGCUUGGGCCAUUUGUAAGCUUCUUGAGAUACUGAAUCCUCGAGAUAAGAUCGCUAUCCUUACAGAUAGCAAUUCUGUCGUCAGCGCGUUGAGCUGUGUUCAUAGGAGAUCCAACUCUCUCAUUCUUAAGCUCUUCGAGCGGAUUAAGUCUUUUCAUUACCUCACAGUCAUCUGGGUUCCUGGCCAUAAGGGCAUAGGGUUCAAUGAAAGAGCGGAUAAAGUUGCGAAAAGAAGAAAUAUGAAUAACUUGGGGGAUAUUUCAGCAGAGGAUGCGUGUAGGUUUAUCGAGAAUACUAUUAAGAAAGAGCAAGUCGACAGCUGGCGGACUUCUUACACCGGCCGCAGAUUCAGCUACUGUAAUGUUCACUGUGAGUGGAGUAAGGGUUUAAACAUCGACAGGAAAAUGGAAGUUGCAAUCAGUAAAACAAGAUUGCAAAUGUUGGACACGACUCAACUGUUGCACAGGUAUCGUAGAGCGAAUUCGCCAUUUUGUGACUCAUGUUAUACGAUUGACAGUACUGAACAUGCAAUUAUUCACUGCACAAAGUACGAUAGCGCCAGAAACAUUAUGCUCAAGAAAAUGAAAAUCAGCAAUAUUGACCUCUUAGCUGAUCUUUUAAAUCAUUGUAAUAAGAAACCUUGGAGGUAUUAUUUUUUAGGCAAAUUUGUCAUCAAAUACAUCUUAAAGAACUCCUAA